AUGGCUAGGGGGAUAGACAGCGGUCGUAGUGUUCAGGAUUGGAGUUCGAGAGGCAGCGGACUUCGUCGGCAAGCUGUCCAGACAAAUCAGAUUAAAGGACCAUCCAUCAAUGUGGAGGAUGUUGCUGGAAGUUUUGCAGUAGAAUAUGGCAGUGGGAUGGAUGGAAAUGAAAUUACAGCAAUAAAGAAUACAUGCUUACCUUACUUAUUGGUAUGGGAUGGGGAUGAACUAUCAAAGGAAGUCAAGGACACAGUUAAUUCUUCCUUUAGACUCAAGUUUCAACUGUUAACCAUGUCAAGUUGGGUGUGGCUGAUCAUGUUCUUCAAUGGAAGGCCGAAAUUGAUUGGACAGCUAUACGGAGAGGUGGUUGUAUGGGGCUUGGAUCCGAUAAACAUCAACAUAUUAGUUUGGGCCAUGAUGGUGGCUAUUGGGUGCAAUGCAGCCAUAAGUGUAAGGGUGUCCAAUGAGCUGGGCGCCGGCCACCCAAGAACAGCCAAGUUCUCGGUGGUGGUGGUGGUGGUGGUGUUAUCUUCAAUGGUGAUCGGCAUUGUAAUCUCUCUCAUUCUCAUCAUCUUUAGAAAACAGUACCUGGCAUUGUUCGCAGACAGUGCGGAGGUGAAGGAGCUUGUAUAUGAGCUCGCUCCAACAUUGGCAGGAAUUUGGUAUGGCAUGAUGUCGGGUACAUUGGCACAAACUUGUGUCCUAUAUUGGAUCAUUCCUCGAACUAACUGGAACAAAGAGGCUUCUAUUGCCGGAAACAGAAUAAAACAAUGGGGUGGAGAACCAGAAGCCACUGAGAACGAUGUACCGAGAUCAAUUUGA